CUCCUCCCAAAUACCAGCUCAGCUCCUAUUGACCAGGGUCUUAUUGUUCUAGCACGCGUUCCAUCGCCUAGCCGACCGUUCCGAGACAGUAGAUUCGACCAGGAUAUGCGCCGGUCGGCCACGACAUAACGCGAGACACAUCGGCACACGGCGUCACACCAUCACCACACCGACCGACCGCAGGCCUCUCCUAUGGACAACAGCCUCGAAGUCGACCGGCUAAUCGAGCAGCUGUCGGCCGGCUUCGACGCUCUGCAGCAUGAAUACCAGAAGCUGUUUGGGAGUCACUCCAUCCUGGAACGGAAACUUGCGACCGCGAGAGAGCAGUACAACGAGCUCGCGAAAUUCUACUGCGCCAACGAGACUGCGACGCCACCACUGAGCCUCAUCUCCUCGGCCGGAGGCUCGAAAGACAAAGGGGUUGUGCCAAAGACGGCAGCAGAAAUACUGGACAGGAGCAGCGACGAGAAAUCGCGCCGGGCAGCGAACAAAGUGCGGACGGCCAUCAUCGCAGCUAACGGCUUGAGACACGCUGUGCCCGAAGUGCCAGACGCAGGAGUAAAGAUCUGGUCCGGCCCAGCAGCGGACAACCCAGAUGCCUCGAGCUCUUUGAUGCCCAGCAUCGCGGAAUCACCUCUCGAACAAGACUUUACUGUGGAAGGGAAGCCGAGCAAGUUGGGUUGUCCGUUUGCGAGCAUGGCCAAGAAGAAGUUGAGUUCGCACGCCGCUAGUGUGCUGAGCAGAUACGAACGAAAUGGAAGCGGCGGCAGUGUGGUGACGGGGAGCACCUCGACCAACAACGCAAGUCGUGUCAAUGGAAGAGAGAGCUUUUCGAAGAGGCGGAGCAGGAGGGCGAGCAUGAUUGACCCGAUCAAGGCGGAGAUCUGUGGCCUUUCCGAUCACACGGGCCCAUCCCCACACUAUGAAAAAGCACCCAGUCUUGUCGCUCCGAGCAAAGGUCCCACCGACAAAUUACAGAUUGAGAGCGUGGAAGGUGGCGUAUGUCCCAUCCGCUUCCUUGAUCAGCAUUCUCCCGAGGAAGUUGCCACCUACUUUGAGAAACACAAGCACGAACUUCCACGAAGUCAUGAAGUGUGCGUCAUGCGAUAUCAGAGCAAUGAAGAACAGAUCAAGGAACUGGACGCCAAGUAUGGUAAUCUUGUCUCUAUGAUUCAGGGACUUGGUCAACGACACAAAGAAAUGCUGCCAGAAGACAUUGUCGUCGAGGACGAGGAAGACGAUGUCGACGGCAGUGAAAAGGCUCUGAGUGAUGAGAAGAUCCGGAAGUGGGCGAAAAGUGUCAGCGCACAAGCACCCGAUGCGGAGGUGGAGGUAGAAGAGCAAACAGAGGAACGUCUACCUCAUUUCGAACGACCCGUGCGAGACAUUCGAGUGGGAGAGUCGCCGAGUCGUCCCUGGGGCAUACAUGUCCCGGCGAAGUACGCAGACGUUGCUGGUGAUGUGGAAAGCGGAGAUGAGAUUGGCAGUAAGCCUGCACGAGUCAUCUCUUCACCAGCAGCACUACAGCAGCAACCCGCAGCUAUUGAUGCAACAGGCACCAACCCCAUGCCCAAGAUGAGUGGUGGAGCUGGCAAAUGUCCUUUUGAUCACAAGGAGAUGAAAGCCGGCGCAGGUAUGGGCGCUGCCUUUGCUGCUGCUGCUGCUGCCAAGGACGGUGCUGCGCAUGGCAAGCCCACCAUAGCCGAACCCGCCGUACCGCCAGAAGCAAGUCGAGCUCCGCCAGACCAGAAAACAGCACCGUCGCCAGCCGAAGCGUUGUCGCACCUCCAGCAACCGACGAUCGUGAUCAAUGGUCCUGUCUUUUUUGGUUAUUCGCCCGAAGACACCAUUCGGAUCUUGAAGGAGAGCGGACUGAAAGUCAGUCAGUAGGGAGAGGAAGAGUAGACAACAGUAUGAGCACGGAGAGAAGGAGGGUCAUAGUAGGAAAGGUGUCAUGCGGCGCGAUGGAUGAUCUAUUCGAUGAUUAUUCGAGGUUUUGUCAUUGCGUUCUGAGCGUCAGCCACCUGAAAGCUGAAAGCCCUGCUAGGCGGCUGCAUUUUUUGGGGGGAUCCUGAGUAUCAUGUCAUUUAUUUUUUGAGACGAAGACAAGAUUUUACGAGCCUUAUGAUAGUAAUUCAAUUCAAU